GGCAAUGUAUUUAUGCAGCAGCAGCGCUGUCAGCGCCUCACACCUCACUCAGCAGCAGCGGACAGCGCGUAUUGCGGCGGCCGGGCACAGGACAGCGGCGCAGACACACGCACGAUGCCGGAGGAAGUGCAGACUGCACCCCAGGAUCAGCACAUGGAGGAGGAUGUGGAGACCUUCGCCUUCCAGGCUGAGAUUGCUCAGCUGAUGUCCUUGAUCAUUAACACCUUCUAUUCCAACAAGGAGAUCUUCAUGAGGGAGCUGAUCUCUAACUCCUCAGAUGCCCUGGAUAAAAUACGUUAUGAGAGCCUCACUGACCCCAGCAAACUGGAUUCAGGGAAGGAGCUGAAGAUUGACCUGAUACCCGACAAGAUUGAGCGGACCCUGACUCUCAUUGACACAGGCAUUGGGAUGACCAAAGCCGAUCUCAUUAACAACCUGGGCACCAUCGCUAAAUCUGGAACCAAAGCCUUUAUGGAGGCUCUCCAGGCUGGAGCGGACAUCUCCAUGAUUGGCCAGUUUGGUGUAGGUUUCUACUCUGCCUACCUUGUAGCUGAUAAAGUGACGGUGAUCACCAAGCACAACGAUGACGAGCAGUACGCCUGGGAAUCCUCGGCCGGGGGAUCCUUCACCGUCAGAGUAGACAACAGUGAGCCUCUGGGCCGCGGCACGAAGGUUAUCCUGCAUCUGAAAGAGGACCAGGCUGAGUACCUGGAGGAAAGGAGGAUCAAGGAGAUAGUAAAGAAACACUCCCAGUUCAUUGGCUACCCCAUAACUCUCUUCGUUGAGAAGGAACGCGACAAGGAAAUCAGUGAUGAUGAAGCGGAGGAGGAGAAGGAAGGGAAAAAGGAGGAGGAGAAAGACCAAGGCGAGGAGAAGCCGGAUAUAGAGGAUGUGGGCUCAGAUGAGGAGGAAGACAAGAAGGAAGGUGACAAAAAGAAGAAGAAAAAGAUUAAAGAAAAGUACAUUGACCAGGAAGAGCUGAACAAGACCAAACCGAUCUGGACCCGUAACCCAGACGAUAUCACCAACGAGGAGUAUGGAGAGUUCUACAAGAGUCUCACUAAUGACUGGGAGGAUCACUUGGCUGUGAAGCACUUCUCUGUGGAAGGUCAACUUGAAUUCCGCGCUCUCCUUUUUGUGCCCAGACGAGCUCCCUUUGACCUGUUUGAGAACAGGAAGAAGAAAAAUAACAUUAAGUUGUAUGUGCGCAGAGUAUUUAUCAUGGACAACUGCGAGGAGCUGAUUCCAGAGUAUCUCAAUUUCAUCAGAGGUGUUGUGGACUCAGAAGAUCUCCCCCUGAACAUUUCCAGAGAAAUGCUGCAACAGAGCAAGAUCCUGAAAGUCAUCCGCAAGAACCUGGUGAAGAAAUGUCUCGAGCUUUUCACAGAGUUGUCAGAAGACAAAGAAAACUACAAAAAAUUCUACGAACAGUUCUCAAAAAACCUCAAGCUGGGCAUUCAUGAAGACUCCCAGAACCGCAACAAACUGUCAGAGCUCCUGAGAUACUACACUUCUGCAUCUGGAGACGAGACGGUGUCGCUUAAAGACUACUGUACUAGGAUGAAGGAGAACCAGAAGCACAUCUAUUACAUUACAGGUGAAACCAAGGAACAGGUAGCGAAUUCGGCCUUUGUGGAGCGGCUCCGGAAGCAAGGCCUGGAGGUCAUCUACAUGAUUGAGCCAAUUGACGAAUACUGUGUACAGCAGCUGAAAGAGUUUGAGGGAAAGACCCUGGUCUCUGUCACUAAAGAGGGGUUGGAGCUGCCAGAGGACGAGGAGGAGAAAAAGAAGCAAGAAGAAAAGAAAGCAAAGCUAGAAAACCUGUGUAAGAUCAUGAAGGACAUCCUGGAGAAGAAAGUGGAGAAGGUCGUAGUAUCCAACAGGCUAGUGUCAUCGCCGUGCUGCAUUGUAACAAGUACAUAUGGCUGGACGGCAAACAUGGAAAGGAUAAUGAAAGCUCAGGCCCUCCGGGACAACUCCACGAUGGGCUACAUGGCUGCAAAGAAGCAUUUGGAAAUCAAUCCCGAUCAUUCUAUCAUCGAAACGCUGCGGCAAAAAGCUGAUGCUGACAAGAAUGACAAGUCCGUGAAAGAUCUGGUGAUUCUGCUGUAUGAAACUGCCCUGUUGUCAUCUGGCUUCAGUCUGGAGGACCCCCAGACACACGCUAACCGCAUCUAUAGAAUGAUCAAGCUGGGCUUAGGUAUCGAUGAAGAUGAUGCAGCUACCGAAGAGCUGACAGCGCCAGCUACUGAGGAGAUGCCGCCACUGGAAGGAGACGAAGAGUCCUCUCGAAUGGAGGAAGUUGACUAAGUUGUCUGAUAAUCGCUUUACUCUUGACAGUUACCGUUCUGUUAACCGGUUAGGUUUUAUUUUGUACUUGGGCAGUGUUCCUGCGUUACGUUUCAGAUAUUUAUUUUUCUUUCUGUAUGUUGUAUGUUUUUUUUUUGUUAAAAAAUAAAAAAUUGCACUGGUCUGUUGAAAUAAAAAACAACAUUGGCACGUUCUGGCCUGCGCCAUUCA